AUGCCUUUCAACACUGCUUUGACGAGAAAACUGGGCAUCUCCGUCCCUGUGGUCCAGGGUGGAAUGCAAUGGGUUGGAUACGCCGAGCUGGCCUCUGCCGUGAGCAACGCCGGUGGACUGGGAAUUCUCACCGCGCUCACGCAACCCACCCCGGAAGACCUGCGCAAGGAAAUCCGCCGCUGCCGCAAGAUGACCAACAAGCCGUUCGGCGUCAACCUCACGCUCCUCCCGGCCCUGGUGCCGCCGGACUACGGCGCCUACGCCCAGGUCAUCAUCGACGAGGGCAUCAAGAUCGUCGAGACGGCCGGUAACAACCCGGGCCCCGUGAUCAACCAGCUCAAGAAGGCCGGCACCAUCAUCCUGCACAAGUGCACGACCAUCCGCCACGCCAAGUCCGCCGUCAAGCUGGGCGUCGAUUUCCUCUCCAUCGACGGCUUCGAGUGCGCCGGCCACGUCGGCGAGCACGACAUCACCAACUUCAUCCUGCUCAGCCGCGCGCGUCAGGAGCUGGGCGUGCCCUUUAUUGCGUCCGGUGGGUUCGCCGACGGCCAGGGGCUGGCUGCAGCUCUUGCGCUGGGUGCCGAGGGUAUCAACAUGGGCACUCGGUUCAUGUGCACCGUCGAGGCGCCCAUCCAUACCAAGGUGAAGGAGGCGAUCGUCGCCGCCGACGAGACCGAUACCGCGCUCGUCCUGCGUCGCUGGAAGAACACCACGCGGCUGUUCGCGAACGAGGUCACCAAGGAGGCCGUCAAGGUGGAGAAGGAGAGCACCACCGGCGAGUUCGCCGAGGUCGCGCCUUUUGUCAGCGGAAAGCGCGGUCGCGAGGUCUUUAUCAACGGUGACAUUAACUACGGUGUCUGGACCGCCGGUCAGGUCAUCGGCCUCAUCCACGACAUCCCCACCUGCGCGGCGCUGCUCACGCGCAUCGAGAAGGAGGCCGUCGAGGCUAUGGAGCGCUCUCGCGCGCUGUACUCGGCGCCGCAGAGCAAGCUGUGA